AUGGGGGACUCUGCAGCAGAUGGCACGGCUGCAGCCACAGAGCCCUGCUGCAAGGACACACAGAGCCAGCUGGCAGAGCGGGUGGCAGCCCUCCACGUGGCUGCUGGGCCAGGCAGAGGAGAGCAGCAGGCUGAGGCCAGCGCUGAGAACGAUGCAGUCUUCUGUGAGAGCCCCCAGAAGGCGCAGAGCAACGGAGUCGGCAGUGCCCUCCUGUCGCCCCAGCCCGCAGGGGAUGCUCCCUGCAGCCUCGGCCCCGGGAGACCUCUCUCUAGACCUGUGCUGUCGAGCAGGAAGUUGUCUCUUCAGGAGAGAUCAUCAGGAGGUCUUGUGGCUUCCAGCAGCAGCCCAGGCUGCGGCCCCUACGCCACGGGGCCGUCCCCACGCAUCGCCAGGAGGCCGACGAUCGAGUCCCACCGUGUGGCCAUCUCCGAUGCCGAGGACUGUGUGCAACUCAAUCAGUACAAGCUGCAGAGUGAAAUAGGCAAGGGCUCCUAUGGGGUGGUGAAGUUGGCCUACAACGAGAACGACGACAAAUACUACGCUAUGAAGGUCCUGUCCAAGAAGAAGCUGUUGAAGCAGUAUGGAUUUCCACGUCGGCCUCCUCCCAAGGGCUCAAAAGCAUCCUCUGGAGAGCAGCCCAAGCCCAUGGCCCCACUGGACAGAGUCUAUCAGGAAAUAGCCAUCCUGAAGAAGCUGGACCACGUCAACAUUGUCAAGCUGAUAGAGGUGCUGGACGACCCUGCAGAGGACAACCUCUACAUGGUGUUUGACCUCCUGAGGAAAGGGCCUGUGAUGGAGGUGCCCAGCGAGCAGCCCUUCGGUGAGGAGCAGGCUCGGCUCUACUUCCGAGACAUGGUGCUGGGCAUCGAGUACUUGCACUACCAGAAGAUCAUCCAUAGGGACAUCAAACCUUCCAACCUGCUGCUGGGGGACGAUGGCCACGUCAAGAUCGCCGACUUCGGCGUCAGCAACCAGUUCGAGGGCAGCGACGCGCAGCUGCGCGGCACGGCGGGGACGCCAGCCUUCAUGGCCCCAGAGGCCCUCUCACACACUGGCCAGAGCUUCAGUGGCAAGGCUCUGGACGUGUGGGCCAUGGGCAUCACCCUGUACUGCUUUGUUUAUGGCAAGUGCCCUUUUAUAGAUGAAUAUAUUCUGGGUCUGCAUAACAGGAUCAAGAACAAGCCUGUGGAGUUCCCAGAAGAAGCACAGCUCAGUGAGGAGCUCAAGGACCUGAUCCUGCGCAUGCUGGAUAAGAACCCAGAGUCCAGAAUCACAGUCCCUGAAAUCAAGGUGCACCCCUGGCUGACCAGGGCUGGCACCGAGCCGUUGCCGCUGGAGGAGGAGCACUGCAGCGUGGUGGAGGUGACGGAGGAGGAGGUGCAGAACUCGGUGAAGACCAUCCCCAGCUUGCCAGCUGUGAUCCUGGUGAAGGCCAUGCUCCGGAAGCGCUCCUUUGGGAACCCCUUUGAGGUGCAGAGCAGGCGAGAGGAGAGGUCCAUGUCUGCCCCAGGGAACCUGCUGAUGGACAGAUCUCUCUGGCACAACUCUGUGCAUUUCCAUCCAUCCCUAAGGAAGGAGGGGAGCAGAGAUGGAGUGCGGGACCCGGAGCUGCCUGACCUGUGUGAGGAUGAAGCCACGUCCUGA